AUGUCAGUAUCAUAUGCAUCUACAUUAAGACAAGAGUUUGAUUCUUUAACUAGCCAAAAGCACUCAUCAAUAGCUGCUUUGGAAGAAAUUGCUCGUGACACUAGCGAUGAUUUAAAAUCGAUUCAGAAUAAGCUACUGCAUCAAGAACAAUUCUUAACAGACAUGAGUCUUGUGUAUAUUGACCAACAAGCACAAGAGAAGGUGUUACAAAAGAUGCUAGAAUUGGAUACUGACAUUGAUCUAUUCAAUUUCCAUGAAGGUGCCUAUGAACAGCUAACGAAAGAGACAAAUGAAUUGAAAACUACUUCCAACAAGUUGGACACCCAAAUGAAUGCACGAGUUGUGGAUAUAAAGAAUCUAACCCAUGAUGUGAAUAAUAGCUAUAGAUUAGCUGAAGAGAGGAAAACACAGGUCAACAGCUCAUUAAAAGAGGUGGAGCAACUUGAACGUGAAUUUGAACAAUUGAUUAAUGAGGAUAAUGACGAUAAGGAGUUGUUUGAAUCGGCACUUGAAGCAGAAUCUUUUGAUGUUGAUCCAUCACAAAUCAACAGUCAAGCCAAGUUGGAUGUUGAAGACGAGUUGAAACGAAUCACAGCGGAAAUCAGCAAGAAAGAAGCUGAUAUUAACAAUGAACGAAGUAAUGUUGCAUCGCUAAAGACACAGUUAGAAGGGUUGAAGCUACGAUUGGAACGGUCACAAACAGACGAUUCUGAGAAUGAUCCAUUGCAAAAGAAUUAUUACUUUUGUCAGGAGUUGAACAAGUUAUUGGAAUUUCUUUAG